CUUCAACACAGGUCUCUACAACGACGUUUACGCAGAGCUUGGUGCUAUCAGUUCUGACAAGCGAAGCCCGCGACGUCAUCUCGAUCGACGAAGAAGACCGCAUUCUUGAGGCGUGGCGAGCCUACGUCCGUACCGCCAUCGUAAUGACAGCCGACGCGUUUGAAUCGCGCUGGGCAAAAUUUAUGGACUUGCUCUUGACCAAGCCGGCGCCCGUGCUCAACCACGGCCGCGACCAUAUCGAAGCACACUUUACGGCCGUCUUUGGCACCGACGUUGACGCGCAUGACGCCAUCAUGACAGAGCUUCUCGUGCUCGUGGCGCAAGCGGCACUAGACCGACUGCACGGCCAGCGCGCUCACGGCCACGUCAACAUGCUUGCGACGGCUACGACGCACCACGACGAGCGCAACAAAUAGCAC